UCAAAAUCAAACAGUUCUAUCCAAUCGUCUAAAAAAAAAGUUCUGGUGUUAAAUUUUCCCGUGUUGAAUAAAAAUAAUAUUGCAAAAUUAUACUCGACCAAACUCAUUUAAUUAUAUUUAAUAUCCAUUAAUGUUUUAAACAAAUAAUCUAGAAAGAAUAAACUUGGUGUACAAGCUCUGUGGCAGUGCGGCGAUAUUAAAUCAUGAGACUUUUCUUCGAAGAGCUGCUCAUUGGAUUUGAAUUGAAGAAUUUCCUAAUCGCACUUGCUGUGCUCUUUAUUGUUUACUUGGCCUGGGAAUCGACCUAUGUGCGUGACUAUCGUAUUCAACCCAAUGCUGUUUUGAUUAUUGAAAACAAUCGUCGUCUACUUGUUGAUAUUGGAACUAGUACUCAGCACGAUUUGAGGCCAGGUACUGAUUGGACGUUAGAACCAGUUGCACCUGAUGCUAGUUCAUCGCAUAGACCUUCAGAAACAGAAACAGCCACUGAGAAUAACAGCAGCACAACUGCCAGGAAUAUAGAUCCACCCGUGAGUAGCUCCACCACUACCAAUAGCGUACAGCAAAUUCCUGAACCGCCACCAUCACUUGAGGUCGUAAUUGAGGAAGUUCACGAUUUGGCUAGUGUGCGACAACAACUGAACGAAAACGUUUAUCGCACCUUAGAGUCGUUUGAAGAAGGGAUCAGUGAACUGCUUGAGGACAGAACUGGACCUCAGGAAGUUAUUGCAGCCAUGGAUACAUCAGAGGGUCUAAGAAGGAGGCGGCUGGGCUUCGAAGAAGUCGAAGCUGCUGUGAGGACAAGUUCAAGUUCAUCACCACCAGAAGGUGGUAACGGUGACGGCGGUGGUGAUUCGACUGAUUCUCGUGUGAAAGAGGAUAGUUCGUCCAAGCCAAGUGACAGUGUCAGUGUUGGUGUCGGUGCCGCUGAAGUAGGUGAAAAGUGUGCAGCUAAACAAGACCCCACACCAAUAAAUAGAAGUGACGAAUUUACAAUCAAACUGAAGUACUUAAACGAUGACAUGAAACUUGUCAAAGGUACUCCCAAUGAAAAUAUUGGUGAUUUUAAAAGGAGAAAUUUCACCCUGGAAUUGAGUGCUCAGAAAUUCGUACGGCUGGUCUUCAAUGGACAUGUUCUACAGCCAGAUUCCAAAACUCUGCAAGCUUGUGGAUUGUUUGAUAAUUGUGUCGUUCAUUGUUUGGUUCAUAAUAGAAAUCCAAAUGCAGCAAAUCAAAAUCAACAACAGAGUGGCCGUUCUAGUUUAGGUCAAGAAAACACAUCAAAUCAAAAUACAUCGGCUGGUGACACGAAUCAAUCUAACAACGAUGUACCAUUAGUUGGUAAUUUUUCUAAUCACGAAGGACCAAGUGGCCAUCUAAUGGUGAUGUACGGUGGAAUUAUACUUGUCACACUUUCAUUAAUAUUUAGCUGGUAUUGCAGAAUACAAUAUCACGUUUUAUUUUCCUGGUAUUCAACCCUCGUCCUUAUCCUUGUCACCAUUCUAUUCUCAAUACUUGUUCCAUUAUUGUUUUUUAUUGAAAACAAUGAAGUCCAACAACAAACAACAACUUAAAAAUAAAAAUGAAAAACUAUAUAAAUAUAUUAAUUUUCAAUAAAAAUAAAAAGAAAACGCAAGCUUCGAUUUAAAACAAGCAAUAUACAAGUAAUGAAAACACGAAGCAAGGCGGAUUAUAUGCAAUUAAAAAUGGGACAAAAGAAAAAAAGAAAAAGUCAAAGAGGAUCUAAUAAAAGAAACACACACAUUUCCUGUAUUGUAUGUGGUGAUUUUUUCUAAAAAUCUGAAACUAAAUCUGUGACGAAUUCAAUUCAUAUUUUAAUUUUUUUUAUAAUUAUAUACAAAAAUAAAACAAAAAAUGAAACACAUAUGCGUUUAAAAUUUAAAAAGAAAUAUACAAAACAUAUUUUUUUAUAUAAUUCUAGAAUAUUAUUUUAUUUUUGUUUUUUUAAAAGAAAAAUGAUUUUUGUUGUUUUUAUUCUUAUUUUUUUCGUAUCAUUUACAUAACACGUAACACAGCUCUCAAGUCAGUUUAGUAGGUUUUUAUUUUAUUUGCUUUAGUUUUGAAUUUCCAAGGAUAAUUGAGAGAGAACGUUCAUUUAUAUAAGUAAAGGUGUGUAAAUGUACAUUAUUAUAUAAAAUACUAAAAGAAAACAUAACAAAAAUAAAAUGAGCAAAUGAAUGAAACAUAAAUUUGAUCAGAA